UUUUCUAGGGUGAUAUGGAGAAGGUGGAGAAUAAAGCGGUUUUUCUCACAGUCCACGAUCUUGGAAGCAAUCACAACUCCAUCAAGAAUUUUGUCGACCAUGAAAGUAUGGUUGAAGUUAAGUCGCGGUCUGUGUUCAUCCACGUCGAUGUUCCUGGUCAAGAAGAGAAUGCUGCCAACUGGCCGACUGAUGUCCCCUAUCCUACAAUUCAGAUGAUGGGCGAAGAAUUGGUCAAGGUUUUAGACUACCUGAAGAUCAAGCUAAUCGUAGGGCUUGGAGAAGGAGCUGGAGCCAACAUUCUUGUCAGAUUUGCUCUCACCCAUCCCUCCCGUGUUCUUGGACUGAUCCUGAUUCAUUGCGUUUCCAAGGGAGUUGGAAUGAUGGAAUAUUUCAAAGAUAAGAUUUUGAACUGGCACUUACAAACGAUCGGGGUGAACCCAACGGCAGAGCAGUUUCUUGUUCUUCAUAAAUUUGGACCGGAAAUUGAGACAGUAGAAAACAAAGAGACACUUAUCCAAGAGUACACAGAAACACUUAAAAAGAAAGUGAAUCCCCUGAAUCUGAGACGUUACGUUGAAGCUUAUAUGAACCGAAAGGACAUAACCGCAGCGAUUGAAACUAAUCUCACGUCUACGGAUGUCAUGAUGGUGACUGGAGCGAAGGCAAUUCACAUGCAAGCGGUGGAGAACAUGUUCAUGAGAAUGAGCAAACAAAAGACUACUUUACUUAAAAUAGACAGCGUGGGUGACGUCCUCCAAGGAGCGCCUGUAAAGCUUGCUCAGAAUCUACUUCUCUUUGUAAAAGGGCUCGGAUACUUGACCUCAGUGACCCUACCUGGAGUCGAGAGACAGCGAACCUUCUCUGGAGGAGAUCAAGCAGCAUUAGGAGCGGGUCCACGGCGAAGAACAAUGUCAAUGGAAGAUUACGACACACCACGGAUCCGAAGAACUUCCCUGACCGCUGUCCAAAAGUGAACUGACCAAUUGUGCUGGAGUUCAGGCCAAUAUUAUAGAAAUAUGAUACUGUUCUAUCGGAUCAAGUAUGAAAAAACCACGACAUCUAAUAUAUUACAGUUUGGUAUAUGUGAGCUUACGAUAGAUUAUACGUAGAAUUUCUAAGGGAAUGGGUUCCUUUUGAUGUUGUUAAAUUCAACUGUUACGACCAGUACAAAUCCAAAUAUGUGUCGAACAGUCAAGAAUGUUUCUUAUACACGCAAAAUAUAACACGCCACGUGUUAAAUAAUCAGUAAUAAAAAAAAUUAACUCAGAUGCCCGUUAUUGCUUGUUCAGUCCAUAACCCUAUUAAAUUGUUUGCUUAUUUUUUUUUUGGCCAAGACUUUAUACGAUAUUGUUUGAAAUAUCCUCGUCAUCAGAAAGUGAAGUAAAUUAAUCUAGGUACCGGUAACCACUAAACGACGGAUGGUCCUUAAGAAUGUGUUCUAUAUAAGUAACUUGUUUUUAUCCCAAGUUAUAAAAUGUUUUAAAAUCUGUCAACUAGCUAAUUUAAAAAUGGAUUUUUAACAAAGGAACUCAUUCUCUUAGAAUAUUUCAAUGAGUUCUUAACAGAUAGUAGAAAGAAAUAUGCACUUAACCGCAAUGCUUUUUCACAUAUGUAAAUAUUUGCAUAAAAAAAUCUAAAUCCUUGUAGAACGUUUAUAAUGAACUCAGAAUGUUUUUGUUACGUUCCUUGUUUGAUAGAUAUUUUGUAGUGAAUUUUUGCACUGAAUCUGUUUCUUCAGAGUGUCCUAAAUUUUUGUAUUUCUUGAAAGAAAGUAGUUUAAUAAGCUUUGACUCUUCAUAAAGACUUCCUAUUUUUAACAAUAGAUCGCUGUCGUAUGGAAAAACGUGUAACAAUUUUACUGUAACAACAUGAAAAACUUGUAACAUUCGGUACAGUAAGAACAUGAAAAAACGUGUAACAUUCGUAAAAAACAUGUGACGGUGAUUACGGAAACAGUUAUAUAACACGCACAUUUGACUUCGUACAAAGAUUUUAAAACUAACAAGGUUUUUAAUUCUAAUGUGAUUCAGCUAGAUUUAAUAUAAAUUAACCAGAGUUCUAAACUUUAUUACAUUAUAAAUUAUAUUUUGAUAAAAUUUAAAAAAUGAGCAGAGUUCAAAUUUUAUAGUUUAAUCAUAUAAACACUCAGCCUCUUAUUGUAGAAACAUUACAGAAAAAAUCAUAUAAACACUCAGCCUCUUAUUGUAGAAACAUUACAGAAAAAAUCAUAUAAACACUCAGCCUCUUAUUGUAGAAACAUUACAGAAAAUCAUAUAAACACAGCCUCUUAUUGAAGAAACAUUACAGAAAAAAUCACAUAAACACUCAGCCUCUUAUUGAAGAAACAUUACAGAAAAUCAUAUAAACACUCAGCCUCUUAUUGAAGAAACAUUACAGAAAAUCAUAUAAACACUCAGCCUCUUAUUGAAGAAACAUUACAGAAAAAAUCAUAUAAACACUCAGCCUCUUAUUGUAGAAACAUCAUACAAUAGAUCAUAUAAACAUUCAGCUUUUGAUAGAAGUAUUACAUCAUAAAUCAUAUAAACAUUCAGCCUUUGACUUGAACAUUACAGCAGAAAUCAUACAAACACUCAGCUUCUUAUAGAAACAAUACAACAAAAGUUACACAAAUAGUCAGUGUCUUGUAGAAACAAUACAGCAGAAGUCACACAAGUAGUCAGCCUCUUAUUAUACAAACAAUACAACAGAAGUCACACAAGUAGUCAGCCCCUUAUCAUACAAACAAUACAACAGAAGUCACACAAGUAGUCAGCCCCUUAUUAUACAAACAACACAACAGAAGUCACACAAGUAGUCAGCCCCUUAUUAUACAAACAACACAACAGAAGUCACACAAGUAGUCAGCCCCUUAUUAUACAAACAAUACAACAGAAGUCACACAAGUAGUCAGCCCCUUAUUAUACAAACAAUACAACAGAAGUUGUACAAGCACUCUACCUCUCAGUAUGGAAAUAUUGCAGUGAAAAAUAACAAUUGUAUAUUUAUAUUUCAAAAACAUGUUGCACACGCUGACAGUGUUUAUAAAAUAUUACUUACAAAAAGAAAAAUCAUACUGUUUGUCAGCUAAACAUGGGAAAUGGUGUAGUAAAUAUACUGUGUUUUAUGUAGAAGAAAUUAAUUUUUUAUAAUGCUAUUUAGAAAUAUCACGUGUGUUUAUAACAUUGCAAUUUUGAGAAAUUACCUCUACGUUGGCGGCAGAAUAACUAUUGUUACAUUUUCUUUAUCUGCUUUUGAAAAAAAAAAAUGGGGGUCAUCACGAAAAUUUUGUUUUACUUUAAUUCAUUUUUAGCAUUGUGUAGCUUUGGGCUUAACAACAAACAAACAGGACUGGAAUAAUUAUUAGCCUCCUAAAAAUCUGGUGAUGAAUUUUUCUUAUUUUUGUUAGAAAUACAAAUUUGUUUGGAACAUUGGUAAUAUUGUUUAAUGUAUUAGUAUAACUUGAAAACUUAGGUAAUUGAAAUAAAAUGAGACACAAGAAAUCAUUAAGUACAAUAUUGAAAUAACUGCCUUUAUAAAGUAUAAGUUUGUGAUGAUUUUUUUUUCAAAAAACCCUUUCAACUGAACUGAGACUUUAGCGCUGAGUUAUUUACACUAGCCCCACCUACCGUCAUCCGAUGAUUCAGUGAUAAGUUGAGGGCUUAUAAAGCUAAAAAUCAGGGUUCAAUACUCGCGGUGGGCAGCACACAGGUGGUCCAUUGUGUAUCAUUUUGCUUAACGACAAAUAUUUACACCAACAUUUGUACUAUAAAUUGAUUACAAUUUUGCUAAACAAAUCUAAUAAUCAUAGUGUGACUUCAUUUUUUAUAAACAAACCGCCAAGUUAGGCUUAAGUUCAGAGAUAUUAAAUGUAUCGACUAAAAAUAAUUUUAAAAUUUGUGUACAAUUCAGAUACAAUUCCAAGGCUGCUUUGUUUAUAGCUUAGUUUUUGGUGUUUUUAUGUGCAGCAUAUUGUUACGAUUUUUGUUCUAGAACUAACUUAAGGUGGCGGGUAACAAGAACUCAGAAUUACGUAUCUGAAUAUUAGAUUUUUUUAAUGUCAAACAGAUUUUGAAAGUAAUCAAUCGUGCUGAAGCUUUUACAGUCCUAACUUGUUUCCGUAGGACACGAUGUAUCUUUUGUAUUUCCACACGAUAUUAGUGUUUGACUUUAUAUAUGACUCAUUCAUUGUAUGUUGUAGGUGGCACUAGGAUCGUCGCUCACGUCGAGACCGCUUGUAAAGAACGGUCGUGUUUCUUAGUCACUGAAACCCGUUAACCUGUAGUACAUUAAGCUAAUGUGAUGCACGUUUUGUAAAAUCUAAUAAAGAAUUUUAAAAAGUGUA